AUGAAUAUUUAUUUGAGCAUUUCCAUUAAUUUGUUGAUAGGAUCGGAUGCUAUAAUCAUUUUUUUAUUAGAAGAUUAAAAGCCAUUGUAUAUUUUAGCAGCAAUUAGAUUCUCGAUAGCUUUAAUAAAUCUAAUUUGUCAUAUAGCAAUUUGGAAAUAGUUUAAGCUUUCAUUAUUAACCCUAUGCUUGUAACUAUUAAAUUAAAUAUAAUUGGCUUCAGAAAUUAGGUAGGCUUUUUCAAAUUUUAGUUCUUAUCACUUUUAUUUAUUUUUGCUUCUGUUUUAUUAAGAACAAUCAAUUCAAUAACAUAAAUAUUUACAAUAUGUGUCAAUAUUUUAUUGUAUGAUAGAAAUUUAAAUGUAUAAUACUCAAAUUUAUCAGUAUAUUAUGACAUCCAUAACUUUGAUUUUAAUUGUCUUGAUAAAACUGUUAAAUUUACAAUAAUUAAGACAUAAACACACAACCUCUCAUGAAAUUCUGUAUUCUUAUUCUACAGUACCAGCAGAAUAGAUAAUGUCAAAUAGAAAAAUUGAUCUCAUAUAAAAAGAUGAAUUACUUUACAUAGCAAAUCAUAUAAAAUAAGGAAUAAUAUAUUUUUCAGCAACAUUUGAUAUAUUAUAUAUAAAUGAUAAGGCUUCAAAAAUCUUAAUGGCUUAGACAGAUGAUUAGGCUAUGUUGUAAUUGUAGAAAAUGAUAUUACAGUAAAUUUUUAUGAAAUUCUUAGAGGCUUAGAGCAAGAUGAAUCAAUAACAAAAUAACACAAAGAAAUUAAAUUUCGGACAUCAUAAAAACAGUUAUUAUAGAAAGCGGAUAAUAAAAUGAUAGAAUCUUUGAUUGCUUCAGCCGAAUAACGCAUGAAAAGAUAUUAAUCCCUAAGCGAGAAACUCUUAGAGUAGCAAUUCUCAUAUAAGAAAACAAAACAAAAUCUAUUAUCAAAAAAUGAUUUUAAAUAGUUGCUUUAAUCCCUUUUUAGCGAAUCCUAGAUUUCUUCUCUGUAAUAAUAUCUGUUACUUUAGUUUAGAACACAGGAGUUUUGUUAAAGCAAACAAAUUAACAGUACAUUUUGCCACGAAUAACAAUGAAAAAACUAUAGAAAUAACUUUUUGUAAAAUGAUCAAUUUACUCAAUUAAAAUUGCUAUUUAGUAUUAUUUUCAGAUAUAACUGAAGUUGAAAAGCAAUAAUAGUUUGUUUAGAAAUACAAAUUUUAAACCUUACAUUUUAAUUCAUUUUCUCAUGAAUUGCGCACUCCUUUAAAUUGUUCAUUAAAUUUAUUAUAAGCUUUUAAGAAUUAAAAUAUUUAAGAAAAUCUUAUAUAAUAAUACAUUAACCCUUCAAUCGUUUCAAAUAAAUUACUUAUGCAUUAAAUUAAUGAUAUUUUAGAUUAUGCCUCUUUUGGCUUAGGAACAUUUCAUUUAAAUGUACAAGACUUUUUAAUAAAAGACAUUUAUAAAUAACUUGAAGAAUACUACUUAGAUAUUUGUAAAAGUAAAGGGAUUAUGUUAAACUUUUAAAUAGCAGAUGGACUAGAAAAUUUAAAAAUCAAUAGUGAUCCUGAAAGAAUACUAUAAUUACUUGUAAAUUUACUUAACAAUUCAAUAAAAUUUACAGAAUAAGAUGAUACAAUAUCUAUUAUUACUAAAAAAAAGGAGAAAUCAUCUGGAUUAAUAAGUUUUAUUAAGUUUAUUGUUCAUGAUACUGGCAGAGGAAUAUCAAAAGUAGAUUUGGAUGCAAUUAAUAAUAUUGUUAAUACAACAAUAGAUGAUAGUAUAUUUUAUUAAUUGAAAAACUUUACAACAAAAUAUGUAGGACUUGGUUUUUCAAUAGGAAUGAGAAUGUGUCAUGAGUUAUCUUAUUCAAAAAAGUCAUAUUUUAAAAUAAGAAGCAAAGAAGGAGAAUAUACAAAAAUAAGUUUUAGAGUUAAUAAUUAAAUUCACUCUAUUGUUAGAUCACUUAAAGAAUCUUCAAUAAGAUUAAAUGAAAUAGUAGAUUCAGUUAGUUCUAAUGGAGAAAUAAUUACUUUAGAAGAUCAUUAAAUGCCUCUUUGUAAUUAAACAUUUUUUACUUAAAAAUAAAUUUAAAGUGAUGCAUAUCCUUAAAUUCUUAUUUGUGAUGAUGUACCAUUUAAUUUAUUGUCGUUAAAUUUAUUAAUUAAAAAUAUGGGAUUUGAGAGUGAUAUGGUUUAUGAUGGAUUAGAAGCAAUUAGUAAAGUUAAAACUAGAUAGAAAAUGAAAUAAGUAUAAUAUAAAUUAAUUUUUAUGGACAUUGAAAUGCCUGGCUUAAAUGGAUAUUAAACCUCUAUUUAAUUAAUAGAAAUUGAUAAAAAAUUAAAUAUAGUUAUGUGUUCUGCUUAUGAUUCUGAAAAUAAUUUACUUUGUGCAUUAGAAAGUGGAAUGAAAGAAAUCUUAAUAAAACCUGUAAGAUUAGAAUAAUUAAGAUAACUUAUUUUUAAAUAUUUAAAAUGA